AUGGCUGGCAACAACAACAACGUCAACGUCCGAAACCCUGAUCCCUUCCAUCUGGACAAUCUCAUCCAAGGUUCCGCCCCCAAGGGGACGAAUCGACAUCGGCGGGAGGGACAACAGCAUACCGCUGACGGGCAAGGGAGAUCGAGGCAUGAGACCUCGCAACCUAACAGAAGACAACAACCUCAGAACGUCGAGCAAGUUCAAAACGGUGGGAACGAGCAGCCUCAACCCCAGAACGGACCGGAGCAAGCUCAAAACCUGAACGAAACUGACGCCAGAGACGGGCAGGUCGCCUCCUUAUUCACCCAUACCUCUGAGAGGCGGAGAGUUCAAUACGAAGAUGAACAAGAACAAGUAGAUAUCCCCGAGGAAGCCGACUCCACAACCGUCCUCUUGCUCAAAGAACUACAGAAGACCAACCGCCUCAUCCGGCUUCAAGGUGACCGCAUUGACGAGCUGGAAAGGAAGCGACGAUAUCGUUCCCCCCCGCGGAGAUACUAUCGGUCGCGUUCCUAUUCUUCCUCGCGCUCACCGCCGGGGAGGUAUCAUCGGCGUUCCCCGUCCUCUUCACGCUCCCCACCUAAAAGGUAUCAUCGUCAGAGAUCAUAUUCUUGCUCUCUACCACAAAAGAGCAGAAACAAUCAGAGACCUGAAGACACAGAAAUUGGGAGCCUCUCUCUCGAGCGAGAUUCCCGGGGCCCCUCCAAGGCUGUGCUAAAACCCCGCGAGCGUUCCCCUCCCCGGGACAACCGCAAGAACCCAGGCAAAACACAGGGAAAACCCCGGCGAAACAGACACUCGACCUCUCCAGGUCCAAGUGACGAGGAAGACUUCCGCAGCCCCUUGUCCGAAAGCAUCCGAAGAGCUCGUCUUCCACGGGGAAUGGAAAAACCACCAACCUUGGACCUAUACGACGGAACUACCAAUUCCGACGACCAUAUUCGGAGCACCGAAGCCGUCAUGGAUUAUCACGUCGUCCGAGGGUCCAUCAAGUGCCGCAUCUUUCCGACCACACUCAGGAAAGGGGCGAUGACAUGGUACAGGAAUCUUCCUCCCAACUCCAUCCACUCCUGGACCGAGCUCAAGGAACUCUUUUUGAGCCAUUUCACAGCCUCCCGUCGGCAACCAAAGUCAGAAGCGAACCUCGAGGCUGUGAUCCAAGGAACCAACGAACCUCUCCGAAAAAUACCUCGACAGGUUCAACAAAGAGACCGUUCAAGUACAGACGACCGACUACAUGAAGAGAUACCUCCUAGAGCGAGGACUCCUCCCCGAAAGCGAUUUCAAAAAGGCUAUAAAAAUCGAGAAGGUGCACACCAUGAACGCCCUCCUCCACAAGGCCCAAGCCUUCAUCGCUUUCGAAGAAGGCGAAGCAGCUGCGAUAAAGGUUUCAAGGGGCAACGAUGCUGCCCGUAG